CAACAGGCAUCGUUUAAUCCUUAUCUGAGCGAAGGUGUGUGAUACUCUGGGCGAGGGGUUUACAGGACGCAGGAGCAGCGGCGCCUCCGUCGGGGUCAUGGCGGCGUCACAGAGAGAAACACAGCGUCCACGUCUCUGUUUUAUAAUCUGCGCUUCUUCUUCCCUUUUACUCCUCUUCCUCUUCAGCCAAGCGUUCAGAGACAGACGGCAGGAUGAGAGACACAAAAGAGACAUUCUGGACUCUACAGAAAUCCCAGCAGAGCACAUCGACCCGGCCGCCAUCGACCUCACUCCCCUGGUCAAUACUUUAAUAAAUACGAGCCAAUCGGGCUCCCGACAGCUGUUCUCCCUCCUCAGUGUGACGUCCUACAGCUCUCUGGCUCUCCAUAAACUCACCCUGUUGGUCUACAACAUUUCCAGCAUCAGAAGUUUAGAAAGCAGCCAGUUCAGGAGGAGAUUCUGUUACUGCGUCACUAACGAGACCAACGAUCUCACAGACUUUACGGCGAUCCUGUUGGACGUGAUGGGAAACUCCACCAGUUACCUCCACGAGCUCUUUAAAUCAGCCUCCAUUUUAUCAGUGAGCCAGAGGAACAACUCCGACUGUAUCUACAUCUGUGUGAUGGCCGGGAAGAUGGGCAGAGAGGUGUCCGAGCUGUGGGAGGUCGACUCCAUCACUCCACUCUUCAACCAGACCAUCGUCGAAGGACCGCACACAGUCGGUAACGUCUCCUCCAUCAGACUUCCUGUCGAGUGGAACCAACUUUCCUCCAAUCUGAGUCACAUCCCGCCGUCCGGGAUGAGUUCACUGUCGACCAGCAGAGUCCACGUUUCACCAACAACUUUAGAUGAAACGGCUGCAACAACAGCGAAGAUCACAACCGUCAGAAUGCAGACAACGACAACAACAACAACAACAACACAAACAACAACACAAACAACAGCAACAACAACAACAACCUUACAACCAACCACCUCCCUGCAGCUGACCACGCUAACAUCCACCCGACCCACAGCGCUCUCACCGGGUGUUAGUCCAACCACGGCUGGACGUCAUCCCGGCACCACAACCCGGCACACGACGGCCACCGGACUGUCGCCGGUUCGACCCACAACCGGACCGACGCUGGCCAGAAGGACUACAGGUCCUCUCAGGAGAACUACAACACCCAGCAGACCUGUGGAGAGACCAGGUUGUCCUUGGAGGAGGCCGGAGCUGACCGACACCUCGCCCUCCGGCAGUACGACCACCGUCGGCGCUCACAAGCUGCAGCCCUGCGUCCUCGAGCUCUGCAAGUUCUUCUCUCAGUGCCUCUGCAGACCCUUCGGCCACAAGACGCGCAUGAAAAGAUACUGCGACGACAGCCACGUCUGGUAUGAAAAACACACGUCUGAAGUGUGCCGGCGAGUCAGGAGAGUCUCCUUCUCCAGAAAUCUCAAACAGAGAUGCCUGACAAAGAUGUGCAAUAAACUGUGACAGAGAGAAAGACGAGGGAAACAAAGAGCUGUUCAUCCUCACAGGAAGUGACUGAAACUACAAACUGCAGCUGGUGGAACAAAGUUAUUGAACAAUAAUGAACAUUUUCAUAUUUAUCACUGUUAAUCGUAAUCAUCCACACAGUGAUAUAAUGUAGUUGUUAGGGCCAGAAAUACAGAAACCUCAGUUUGGAUAUCUGGAGUUUGUGUGUAGAGACUGUUUACAUGUUGACUGAAUGUCUGCGACUAUUUAUGAAAAUCAUAUUUAAUAUCAAACAUCUCUACAAAGAGUAGAAAUCAUGUUUUUUUUUUGUCCAUUCAAUAAAACACAGUUGGUUAAUUUU